GCCGGCGCCGCCGCUGUUUCAGACUGUGCGCGCUUCGGUCAGCUGCUUCAGGACUUUCUGCACCCGGGGCCGCCCUGCACGACCAGCGUUAUGCUUCCGGUCGCCUCAAAGAAUUUGCCCCAGCGCAUGGUGUUCGUGGUGGGGGUUGGGAUGACCAAGUUCUUGAAGCCUGGACUUGAGAAUUCAAGAGACUACCCUGACUUGGCAAAAGAAGCAGCCCAGAAGGCUUUAGCUGAUGCUCAGAUCCCUUAUUCAUUAGUGGAACAGGCAUGUAUUGGCUACGUUUAUGGUGACUCUACCUGCGGGCAGAGGUCUAUCUAUCACAGUUUGGGACUGACUGGAAUUCCUAUAAUAAAUGUCAACAAUAACUGUGCAACUGGUUCUACUGCUUUGUUUAUGGCCCGACAGCUGAUUCAGGGUGGUAUGGCAGAUUGUGUCUUGGCUCUUGGGUUUGAGAAGAUGGAGAAGGGAUCCAUUGUAACAAGUUCUUCACAUAGGACCAACCCAGUUGAUAAACAUCUUGAGGUCCUGAUCAAUAAAUAUGGAUUGUCUGCCAAACCAGUUGUUCCUCAGAUGUUUGCGUUUGCUGGAAAAGAGCACAUGGAAAAAUAUGGAACAACAGUUGAACAGUUCGCAAAAAUUGGAUGGAAAAAUCAUAAACAUUCAGUUAACAACCCGAAUUCCCAGUUCCAGCAGGAAUACAGUUUGGAUGAAGUGAUGACAUCUCGAGAAGUUUUUGAUUAUUUGACUGUCUUACAAUGUUGUCCCACUUCCGAUGGUGCUGCAGCGGCAAUUUUGGCUAGUGAACGGUUUGUACGGAAGCAUGGCCUGGAAUCCAAAGCUGUGGAAAUUUUGGCACAAGAGAUGGUAACUGAUUUGCCAAGCUCAUUUAAAGAGAACAGCAUUAUUAAAAUGGUUGGCUUUGAUAUGAGUAAAGAAGCUGCCAGAAAGUGCUAUGAGAAAUCUGGCCUGAGACCAAGUGAUAUUGAUGUUAUAGAACUUCAUGAUUGCUUUUCUGUCAAUGAACUCCUUACUUACGAAGCACUGGGACUCUGUCCAGAAGGACAAGGUGGAAAACUGGUUGAUAGAGGAGAUAAUACUUACGGAGGAAAGUGGGUCAUAAAUCCUAGUGGCGGAUUGAUUUCAAAGGGACAUCCACUGGGAGCUACAGGUCUGGCUCAGUGCGCCGAACUCUGCUGGCAGCUGAGAGGGGAAGCCGGAAAAAGGCAAGUUCCCGGUGCAAAGGUUGCUCUGCAGCAUAAUUUAGGCAUCGGAGGAGCUGUGGUUGUGACGAUUUACAGGAUGGGUUUUCCUGAAGCUGCCAGUUCUUUUAGAACUCAUCAAAUUGAGGCUGUUCCAACCAGCUCUGCGGUUGAUGGAUUUAAGGCAAAUUUUGUCUUUAAGGAGAUUGAGAAGAAGCUUGAAGAGGAAGGGGAACAGUUUGUGAAGAAAAUCGGUGGUAUUUUUGCCUUCAAGGUGAAGGAUGGCCCUGAGGGUAAAGAAGCCACCUGGGUGGUGGAUGUGAAGAAUGGCAAAGGCUCAGUGCUUCCUAACUCAGAUAAGAAGGCUGACUGCACAAUCACAAUGGCUGACUCCGACUUACUGGCUUUGAUGACUGGUAAAAUGAAUCCUCAGACGGCCUUCUUUCAAGGCAAAUUGAAAAUCAAUGGCAACAUGGGUCUGGCUAUGAAGUUACAAAAUCUUCAGCUUCAGCCGGGCAAAGCUAAGCUGUGAAGAACUUUUGCAAAUUAAGAUGAGAAAUAUAGAUACCUGUCUAUAUACUUCAUUGUCAGAACUUAGACGGAAACUGCACAUUGGCAAAUAGUGUGAGGUUUGUUUUUAAAUGGGUGUGACCAGUCCUGUUUUCCGAAGCUCUGGGUGGACAGAGCCUGAUGAUGUACUACUGCUAGCUGAAUUGCAUACAACUGUGCAUUACAAAGUUAAUACGGUAAUUAUGGUUUGGGGUAACAUUGAGUUUCGGAAUAAAAUUAGGAACAGUAAAAUCUAAAAACUAUGUAAACAAAAGCUCUCAUUUUGCUUAUAAAGUAUAUUUAAAGAUCAUUCUACUGAAGAUUCAACUUAAGUUUUCCUCUGGAGAACUAGGGAAGAAACUGAAUGCCAGGAGCUAGCCAGUAAUUAGUGUUGUGCACUUAAUCUAUUUUCCAUUAAUAGUUUUUAAAACUCUGUUCUGAGAUAUUUUAAAAAAGACUGAAAUUUUGCAUUUCAUGCCACCGAAUGGUAUUUUUUCCCAAAUCAAAAUAAAUCUGAUCAGAGUUUGGGGGAAAAAAUCUACAACUGAAUGCAGGCCUAUUUUUAAAAUAAAAACAUUUUUCAAAUGACUUUCCUCCUUGAAAAAAAAAAUCAGUGUAUUGGUCAUAAAAGGCUGUUGUUAAAAAUAAUUGAACAAAUAAAGCUCGCUUUGAGAUGCACAGCUUUUAAACUAUCCAAAGUGCUCAGUCCUUUGUUCUCAUUUUCCUAUUUCAUAUAAAUUUAGUUUAAUUAAUUACCCACAUUUAAUUUAUCUUCCUGCUUUUUCUAAUGCUAAUGUUAUUUCUUAUAACUUAGUAAGAUACGGGGUAAAAUAAUGCUUUUGGAAGAAUGUUUAAUAGAAAAUUAAAAUAGCUCUUCCUGA